GAGCAAUUCUACCAGGAGCAGAGCAACCUCAGUGAUGGAAACCACAGAAGAGGGGAAGCUCAACAAUGUAGAACAUCUGACACUUAUGGACUUCCUUCAAAACCUAACUGAGAAGCAAUGGAGGGGGAUUCGUGAGGGCAUGUUUGACCCGCUGACAAAACAACAGCUUGCCGGCUUGUGUCUGAGGAUUGUCCAGUUUUUAUCGGACAAGCUGAUGCAGAUCAUCAUCCCAGGUCUUUACGAACUACUGGGCAUCCAAGAUGCUGCCUCCUCUCCAUUGUCACAGAGAUCUCUCUCAGCGUCACUCACCAGUCUGUUAGACGAUAAGACUAACACCAAGUCCCGCGUGAGAUUUACUGAGGCUGGUGUACCUAAGAGGCCAGGCAGUCGAAAGUCUUACAAUAGCUUUCGCAUCCCGACUCCCUACCCUUCCUCCAACUGUGUGGAGCAGGAAGAGGAAGAAGAGCAGGAAUCACAACAACUUAAGUUCAAGGAGAUUUACCUGACUAAGGGCUGUCUGGGCAGUGGAAGCUACCUGCCCAAUGGGGCCAUGAGGACUCUAACCUCUCUGUCUGAUGUGCAGAAGAAAACAACCAACUCUGAGACACUACAAGUCCUCUUAGGUGUCUCAGAGGACACCCUUUAA